AUGCACACUGAGCAGCUUACUUGCAGGAGUGCCCCGGUGGUCCAGUCUGACCCCCAGAAAGGCCUUCAAGAACAUCUACAAGAAGGUUGUGGGAAACCUUCAGCCAGGUGUGGUGGCGCAGGAGCACCCUUCUGGGAGAAGGGAGGGGCUCCUUCAGUCGGGAACCGAGAAAGCGCCAGCGGCAGCGGAGUCUGUUCCCGCCGUCCUCCCGCGGUGCGCCUCCACACUCGUGGGGGCCUGCGAUGGGGUGUAGACGGCUCGGGGAGCCUCGCGGCGGCGGCGGCGACGUCCCGGGCUCUCGGGGCGGACGGGCGGCUGCGGCUCCGUGCAGACGCAGCACCUCGAGCCCGCCGUCUCCCGGCGACCGCGGUGCGCGCCGACUCCGCCGUCCGGGUCCGGGCGACUGCGCAGCGCGAGCACCCCCGCGGCCCCUCCCCUGGGCGCGCGCGCGACCUGGGCGCCAUGGCGGCGGCGGCGGCGGCGGCGGCCGUGCAGCGGCCUGAGGCCGAGGCGGCCGAGGAGGCCGCAGCUCCGCAGUGGCCGCUGCCCCCGGAGCAUCGUCCUCCCGGGCCGGCGACCCGACCGGGCGAUGGUGAGGAGGCACCGGUGCGGCCACUGUGCAAGCCACGGGGCAUCUGUUCCCGCGCCUACUUCUUGGUGCUGAUGGUGUUCGUGCACCUGUACCUGGGCAACGUGCUGGCGCUGCUGCUCUUCGUACACUACAGCAAUGGGGACGAGGGCACAGACCCCGGACCCCAGCACCGCGAGCAGAGCCCCCCGUCAGCGCCAACCUUGGCUCCCCUCACCCGGCUGGAGGGCAUCAAGGUGGGCUAUGAGCGGAAAGUCCAGCUGGUCGCGGGCAGGGACCACUUCAUCCGAACCCUCAGCCUCAAGCCGUUGCUCUUUGAAAUCCCCGGCUUCCUGAGCGACGAGGAGUGUCGGCUUAUCAUCCACCUGGCGCAGAUGAAAGGGUUACAACGAAGCCAGAUCCUGCCCACCGAAGAGUACGAGGAGGCAAUGAGCACCAUGCAAGUCAGCCAACUGGACCUCUUCCAGCUACUGGACCAGAACCAUGACGGUCGCCUGCAGCUUCGAGAGGUGCUGGCCCAGACCCGCCUGGGAAAUGGACGGUGGAUGACCCCAGAGAACAUUCAGGAGAUGUACUCUGCGAUCAAGGCAGACCCCGACGGUGAUGGAGUGCUGAGCCUGCAGGAGUUUUCCAACAUGGACCUUCGAGACUUCCACAAAUACAUGAGGAGCCAGAAGGCGGAAUCCAGUGAGCUGGUGAGGAACAGCCACCACACGUGGCUCCACCAGGGUGAGGGCGCUCAUCAUGUGAUGCGGGCCAUCCGCCAGAGGGUGCUGCGUCUCACCCGCCUCUCCCCGGAGAUUGUGGAGCUCAGUGAGCCACUGCAGGUUGUGCGAUACGGCGAGGGAGGCCACUACCACGCCCACGUGGACAGCGGACCUGUGUACCCAGAGACCAUCUGCUCCCAUACCAAGCUGGUAGCCAAUGAGUCUGUACCCUUCGAGACCUCCUGCCGCUACAUGACAGUGCUGUUUUAUUUGAACAACGUCACCGGUGGGGGCGAGACCGUCUUCCCUGUCGCAGACAACAGGACCUACGAUGAAAUGAGCCUGAUCCAGGAUGAUGUCGACCUCCGCGACACUCGAAGGCACUGUGACAAGGGGAACCUCCGGGUCAAGCCGCAGCAAGGAACAGCAGUCUUUUGGUACAACUACCUGCCGGAUGGGCAAGGCUGGGUGGGUGAGGUGGACGACUACUCGUUGCACGGGGGCUGCCUGGUCACCAGAGGCACCAAGUGGAUCGCCAACAACUGGAUCAACGUGGACCCCAGCCGGGCCCGGCAAGCCUUGUUCCAGCAGGAGAUGGCUCGUCUGGCCCGGGAAGGGGGCGCCGACUCGCAGCCCGAGUGGGCCAUGGACCGGGCCUACAGCGACGCCCGCGUGGAGCUCUGACGCGAGGCCCCGAUGCGAGCGAGUCCGCCGACGUCCAGGACCGGGCGGGUUCUCCGUGGUGCAGCAGCCUGAGCUCCGGCCGACCUCCUGCCCUCCCCGCCCCCGCCUGCAGGCGCGAUGACAGGCGCAGCUCCUGCACUGGCGUUAUUUAUUGGUGUACAGCCUCCACGCUGCUCCGUCAAAUAAAAGCGCAGGCUUCGA